AUGAAUAUUUUGGAUGAAUUUAAUACAGAUAAUCCAUGCCCAUCGACGAGUGGCAUAGCGCCGAAAAAAAGAAAAUCCGCGAAUCCAUCACAAUGGAAACGGAAUGUAAUAAAGAAGUCUAUUGCUACUGGAAAGGGCUAUUUAAACUAUAAAGGCCGUGAAAUAGGCGAAAGAAAAACUGGACCGGAUUGUUGUUGUAAGAAGUAUAAGUGUUUUGUUCAAAUAAAUGAAGAAGAUAGGAAACUAAUAUUGGAAAAUUUUAAUAAAUUGGAAGAAACCUAUGUGCAAAACGUAUACUUAGGCGGUUUAAUUAAAACUGAGAAUGUUAAAAGGGAAAGAUCUAAAACUGGUACGGGGAAGAAACGGAGUUGUUCACACAAAUAUUAUAUUAAAUUAGGAAAUAGAAAUAUACAAAUUUGCAGAAAAGGCUUUGCAUCUAUCCAUGGAAUAUCCAAAAAGCGUGUAAACAAUGUUGCUAAAGAGUAUUGGGAUCCUACUGUAACUACACCAGCUCAGUCUAAUCGUGGAAAACAUCAAAAUAGACCAAAUCGUAUUCCAAGUGAAUGGGUUUCUAAAGUUGACUCUCAUAUUAGAAGUUUCCCACGUCGAGAUUUUGAGUCACCUCGUUCAGAUACUUGCAAGAAGUGCGACAUGCUGAGUAACAAACUAAAAGAUAAGACAUUGGAUAGCGAUGAAACCCAACAAAUACAGAUAGAGAAGAGUCUUCAUCAAGCCAAAGCCGACACUUUUUUUGUUGAUUUAAAAGAGAAGAGUCAACUUGCUCUUAAUAAUGAAGAAUGCGAAGUAUUAACAUUUGAUUAUCAGCAGAAUAUGCCAUCACCUAAAAUUCCAGCAGUCAGUGUUACAACGGGAACGCCAGUAUUUGAUUAUUUUCCUAUAAUGAGAAAUGCUCAAGCCCAACUAUCAGUUCUGCCUCAGAAACCGCUGUAUGAUCAUGCAUUGCCGUUGAAAAAGGCUAAAUACAACGAUGUUAUGCAGUUGGUAAAGAACUAUGUUCCACCAAAUAAACUAUAUUUCUACAGGGCCCUUAAAAGUGAAGCUGUCGGACCAACAGAUGAUAUUUCUAGCGAAGACGACGAUGAUCAAGCUGAAGUUAACCUUUAA